AAGCUGAUUCCAGCUCCACUCAACUUAGCUGGGUCGGGACUCGGGAGAUGGAAUCUUUCAGUCCGAAUGUUUCUUGCUCUUGCUCCCCUGUACGGAAAAGGGUGGAGCUCCUUCGGUGAUCAGCUGUUCCAGCCACACGUUAUCAUUCUGGUUCUAUGGUCGCCUUUUGCCGCAAGAUCCGGCCGCUCCUCUUGUGCCGUUUUAUAUCGAUGAUAAUGGCGACACAUGAAGAACGUGCUCGUUAUUGAUCACCUGAGCAGGCUACUCGGAAGAUACCGCAUAUUGCGUGUAUAUGUAUUUCGUUUCUGUAUAUUUGCUUCGUAAAUGGCGCCGAUAGCGGGAAACGGAGCGUCCGGGUCGUCUAGUCUUUACAAGGUGUGGGAGAUCAGAGCGCUGAAGCGGCAGAAGCGGAGCGACGAGGCGAGAGCGAUGCUGGAGCGAGUGGCGAAGCAGGUGGAGCCCAUCAUGCGCCGACGCUGCUGGAAGGUGCCACUGCUGUCGGAAUUCAGGUACGCUUGUCUUGGAUUCCUGCGUGGUGAGGCAAAUUCCAAGGCAGAAGCGGAGCGACGAGGCGAGAGCCCCGUUGGAGCGAGUGGCGAAGCAGGUGAAGCCCAUCGUGCGCCGACGCGGAUGGAAGAUGCCACUGCUUUCCGAAUUCAGGCUCGACCAUGUCUUCUACCUGCAAUGGUCCCACUCGUGAAAAUCUCAGCGACGAGGUGAGAGCCCCGUUGGAGCGAGUAGCGAAGUAGGUGGAACCAAUCAUGCGACGUCGCGGAUGGAAGGUUCCGCUCGUUUCCGAGUUCAGGUAAAUGGUUCCGGCACCUUGAAGCGCCUUCAAGCCAGAAGCGCAGCGACGAGGCAAGAUGCACCCACUCUCGCAUGAAAGUUCUCAGUUCUGCACACGCCCACUGCCAGAUUAUUUGUUGAUCAGUGUUGACGGAAGACUUUGUUGUCACGCCUGUCAUUCACCCGCGAUUCUCUCACCCCCCCUGCUUGUCUCAGUCCCAGCAACGCUCGUCUCCUGGGGCUGAACUUCAACUGAGGGCGCGAGAUCCACAUUCGGCUCAGACCAGCAGGCAAGCCGAACUCGCCCAUCAUAUCUGUGACUACUCACUUCGCUAUUACGUAUAUCUUCCCCCCUGCCUGUCCAGUCCCAGCAACGCUCGUCUCUUGGGGUUAAACAUCAACCGAGGGCGCGAGAUCCGCAUUCGGCUCAGACCAGCAGGCAAUGCGGACUCACACUUUCCAACGAGCACGUUCUGCGCCAUGAUUCAUAUCUGUUGAUACAUUUUGUCAAUUGACGUGCCACAUGCCAUGAUAAAAGAGCUGAUUCCAGUGGGUUGACUGAGCAGGUAAACCGGAUUCCUUCUUCCCCUACGAGCAUGUGCUGGGCACCAUGCUGCACGAGCUCACCCACAUCGAGCGAGGGCCCCACGACGCCAAGUUCUACAAGCUGCUGGACGAUCUGAAUGUGGAGUGUGACGAUCUGAUAGCGCAAGGUAUAACAGGAACUCCCUUCGGAGGCUCAGGUCACCGGCUAGGCACCUCUGCCUAUCCCUCUAUCCGCCCAGUACGCCUAGGCUCUACCGCUGCAGUUGUAGGCUUUUCUGCUCCCCCUGCCUAUUCUGCUGCUGCCGCUUCUGAAAAGGGCUUGUCUGCUGGAGUCUCUUCCUCGGUAGCUUCUUCUGCUGCUGACGUGGCAAGCAGGAAGGCGGCUGCAGCAGCGGCUGAACGGCGGAGGCAGCAGCAUGCCGUGAUGAUGCCAGCUGGCGGGCGGCGAUUGGGCGGCGACAGUGAGAUUAUGAGGGUGUUGGCUCCCGUGCAGGCUGCAGCUAUGGCUGCUGAGAGGCGGAUGAGGGAUGAUGUGUGGUGUGGGAGAGGGCAUGAGUGGGAGGGAGGGGAGAAUAGAGGGGAGGGAAGAGGGGAGGGGACGGGGGUUGGGGGGAAAGGAGGGGGAGAAAAAGGGCGGAGAGGUGGAGUGGAAGAGGAGGAAGAGGAGGAAUGGGAGAGUGCCAGGGAAGUGGGAGACGGUGGUGUUGCCCCUGCGGAACUGCCGAGGGCUCUAGAUGGUGCUAGAGCAAUGGGGGAGCGGUCUGGUGAUGAUGUAGGUUCAGGUUUGGGGGGAAAGCAGUGGAGGGCGGUAGGAGAGAGAUUUGAGAGGGAGAGGUUGAGGAGUGGACGGGAAGUGAGAGAGUCUUGUAGGCGUCAUGGGAGUAGCAGCGACUGCUGUGACUGUAGGCAAGGCGCAGGUGAUGCUAUAGCAGGUGAAGAUGGCAAGGCUGGUGACACUAUAGCGGGUGACGAUGGGAAGGCUGGUGGGUCAAGGAAGCGGCCGUGUGGCCCUGGAGUGCAGGGCAAUAGCAGCAAUAUAAGCAAUAAAAGCAGUACAAUCAAUAAAGGCAAAACGGUGACUGUUAGCAGUGCUAGUGUAGGGGCGGAAGCUGUUGAGCAAAGAACAAGAAGUGCUGGAGGCUUCAGAGUAGACGAACAGACGGGAAGAGCAGGAGGAGGGCAGCAAGCAGACAGACCAGACAGCUGGACAUGCCCUGUGUGCACUCUUAUUAACCAGGGGAUUGUGCUUCAGUGCGAGGCUUGUCUGGCAGUGCGACCAUCUCCUGGCAGUGCUACCAAUGCUGGUUCAUCUCUAGCAGUGAAUGCUGCUGAUGGUAGCGGUGCGAGUACAGCCAUUCUUAUUGAUGAUAACAACUGCACCAGUGCAGCUGGUGUUGCUGCUGGUGGUGGCUGGGACGCUGGGGGGGGUGCUGGUGCUGCUGUGGUGGCUGGUGCGAGUAGGGAUGCUGCUAGGAAAGCUGGUAGGGACGUUGGUAGGGAUGCUGCUGGUGCUGCCAGGAGCGCAGUGUGGACAUGCUGCCAGUGCACGCUAGAAAAUGUUGCCGCCGUGGACCGAUGCCAGGUUUGUGACUCAUGGCGGUAUGCCCUGGCCUGAUUGUACUCUUUAGGGCAUAGUCCUACGCACCGCGGUCGGGAUCACAUUCGCAUGAAAUCGAUUUUAACCGUACUGAUACGCGAUUCAAACAUGUGUAUCGCACGGUAUCACACGAGUCUGAUCCUGAUCCCGGUUCAUAGGAACACGCCGUUAUAAAGCUUUCUGGUAGAGGGAAUGUGGACAGGCUCAGACCCUACGAUUGGUUUAGAGGUCCCUGUCAAACAUAUAUUGUGUUGUGUGAUC